AUGACGAAAACGAAAGCAGAGCCCACCGACGCCAUCACCGACGACAUGGCGGCCGUCGUGGCUGACAAAGACGGCAAGCCAUGGUUCACCCAAUGCCACCUUUUGCGACUCAAUUUUUGCAUAGGCUGUCUCGUUCUGUUCUCCUCCGCCAACGGGUACGAUGGCUCCAUGAUGAACGGUCUGCAAGCCCUGCCGCAGUGGCAAGACUUUGCCGGCCACCCCACAGGUGCAUGGCUCGGUUUCAUCAACGCUGCGCAAAGUCUGGGCUCCAUCGUCACCUACGUCGUGAGCCCGGUUCUGGCUCAACGAUAUGGUCGCAAGUUGGGAAUGUGGCUCGGCUUCAUUAUGCUGAUUCUCGGAGUGACGCUGCAGACCGCUGCUCAGAAUAUUGCCACAUUUAUCCUCGGUCGAUUCUUCAUGGGCGUGGUGACCUCCUUCUGGGGGAUUUCGGCGCCGUUGCUGAUCACUGAGACGGCUCAUCCUCGACAUCGAGCUCCUCUCACUGCUUUGUAUCAAUGUGGUUGGUACGUGGGCAGUUUGGUCGCGGCAUGGGCGACAUUUGGCACUCGGAAUUACGCUUCUUCCUGGGCUUGGAGGAUCCCAUCGGUCCUCCAGGCCGCGAUCCCCGCCGUCGCUUUCCUGGGACUGCUCUUCGCCCCGGAAUCACCGAGAUAUCUGGUCUCGAGAGACCGCCAUGAAGAAGCUCGCAAUCUUCUCGUGAAACAUCACGCCGGCGGAGACGCGCACUCGCCGAUUAUCGAGUUUGAAAUGGCCGAGAUCCAGGCGACCAUUCAGAUGGAAAAGGAGGCUCACAGGACCACCAGCUAUCUGGAUAUGGUGAAGACGCCUGGCAACCGUCACCGACUCUUCAUCUCCGUCACUCUGGGCUUCUUCGCACAGUGGAACGGAGUGGGAGUUGUGUCGUAUUACCUGGCUCUGGUCCUGCAAACUGUCGGCAUCACAUCCGUCACCGACCAGACCCUGAUCUCGGGGUGUCUGCAAAUCUGGAACUUGAUCAUCGCUGUGGCGGCAGCGUUCAGCGUCGAAAAGCUCGGCCGGCGGAUGCUCUUUAUGACCUCCUGCAUUGGGAUGCUGGUCAGCUAUGUUAUCAUUACAGGGUUGUCGGGUUCUUUCGCAAACACCGGCAAGGGAGCCACUGGAAUCGCUGUGAUCCCUUUCCUCUUCCUUUACUAUGGCAGUUACGACAUUGCCUUCACUCCUCUUGUCAUCUCAUACACCUGCGAGAUCUGGCCCUAUCGCCUUCGUGCCCGAGGCUUGACCGUCUGCUCCAUCUCGACCAUGCUGGCGCUCUUCUUCAAUAUCUUCGUCAACCCCAUCGCGCUCGGCAACAUUGGGUGGAAAUACUACAUUGUCUUCGUCGCUCUUUUGAUCGUCAUCACUCUGACGGCGUGGUUCGCUUACCCGGAAACCAAAGGCUACACUCUGGAGGAAAUGGCAGUCAUCUUCGACGGCGAGCAGGCCGAGGUCCCAGAAGUGACCGAUACGGCACGCAAAGUCGCCGAAGCCACGGGGGUGGACAAGACCGGACUGACGACGACUCACGUAGAGAAGCUUCAGCAGGCUUGA